AUGGUUGAUUACAAAUAUGACGAAUUGGAGUUCGGAAUGAGAAAGUUGGCUGGAAUGCUUACGAAUCAGGGUGGAGGAAGAAAAUUGGCUAUAAGAUUGGGUAGCAUGCUCUUCAUCACUGCAUUUGAAGGAAUUUCUUUCGCAUAUUGCAUUAUUACGGUACCAUUCUACACAUUUCUGGUAACUGUAUUAAUUCAUGCUCAGAAGAAAAAAGUGGCAGCUUUGACGAGUUCAUUCUUCAAACUUUGUAUUACUGCAGGAAUUACUGACAUCGUGACGCUACUUAACAACUAUAUCGGUGCAAUAUUUCCUAGAUGGGGCUGGUUUACAACCAUUUACUUGGCUCUCGGCAAGCCAUUUGUGUACAUACAUUUGAUCAUAUCAUGGGGUUCAGCAAUCAACCAGGCAUUCUCGGUAACGAUACUGGCUGCGAAUCGUCUUUCAGCUGUCCUGGUUCCGCAUCUGCACGACGAGUUAUGGCGUGGACGACGACUAAUUCUUGCAAUGAUCAUCCAAACCGUUCCGGGUUACAUCGGUCCGACGCUAAUGCUGAGGAAUAACGUGGAGCUCAUAAAAACGGAAAGUGGAGGUCUCCUGCUCAGAAGUAUU